AUGUCAAGAUUAAGUUUGAUUUUUUUAUUAAUAUUUCUUACAAUUAUUCAAGGUUUUAUUCCACAUCCAUCUAUUCGUGUAGGUGGUCGAGCUGGUGAAAGUAUAACUCAUACAGAAAUAACUCAAAUAGGAUUUGUUCGUAGUCUUGCUCGUUAUCUUCUCGAAAUAAAAGCAAUUCAUAAAUAUGAAAUAAAUAAUAAUACAGAAUAUAGUAUUGAUGACUUAUAUGAGUUAACAUAUCCAGACUGGUCUGAGGAAAAACUUCAUAUUCAAACUUAUCCAUUAAAAAGUGUGCUUGAUACAUUAUUAGUUGAAAAUGCAUUUGUUGAUAUCGAUAAGUGGACGAAAAAAUUACCAGCGGCACAUUUUGAUAGUGAAGCAUUUAGUAAUGCAAGUCGACGUAUGAUUAAAAUACGAAAAAUAAUUAUUAAUGAUGUAUUAAAUACAACAAAAGAUUUAAUUCAAGCACGGCAGUUAUUGGGACAGAUAUUACAUACCUUACAAGAUUUUUAUUCACAUUCAAAUUGGAUUGAAUUAGGUAAAAAAGAUAUUAAUACACGACUGGGCAUUUACGAAGAUAUUGGACCUGUUGCUUCACCAAAUCAACCAGCAUGUAUAAAUAAAGGAUGUAUAACAAAACGAGUUAAAUGUAAUUUUCUACAAAAAAUAACUUUGAAUAAAUGUCCAUUGGAAUAUUAUGAAUGUAAAGAUAAUAUUCAUCCGGAGAUAAUUAAAAAACAACUAUUAACUAGUGGUUAUUCAGUUAAUCAACAUAAUGAAGAUAAUCAACCAAUUGCAAAACCAACAAAUGUUGACAAAUGUUCACAUGGAUCGGUUAUGGAUACAUCAUCACAUAUAUCAGCUAUUGGAGGAAUUAAUAAAGAUACGAUUAUUUCAAUUUAUUCGCCACAUUUUGAUCUACAUUAUGAAGCAGCAACAAUGGCUGUAUUAGCAACUGAAAGAUUUUUUAAUGAUUUACGAAAAGAUUUAGGUGAUGCAAAUUUUGAUCGUCUUUUUGCAAUAACUCCAACACGAGAUGAACUACAUGCUGCAUCGAAAGCUGUGGCACAUUUGAGAAAAUUUCGAUUUUUUACACCAUCAAUAUCAAGUGGUCUUACCAUGGGUUCACGUUUUAUGGAUAAUUUCAAAAAAACAGCAAAACAACGUUGGAAUAAAUUAAAAUGGGCAUUAUUUCCUAAUAAAAAUGAAUUAACAAUUGAAGAUGUAUCAUUUCGUCGUAAACGAUCAUUCAAUUUUUAA